AUGGCCACGACGGAGAGAGCCGCCCGGGAGCGGGGAGCCCAGCUCCUGGACAUCAGCUCCAGCUCGCCCGCGGCCGAGCCCGGAGGUGAGCCGCCCCCCCGGGAGGAGAAGCCGCCCUAUUCCUACGUGGCUCUCAUCGCCAUGGCCAUCAAGGAGAGCCGGGAGCAGAGAGAAACCCUCAGCGGGAUUUACCAGUACAUCAUACGCAACUUUCCCUUCUACGAGAAGAACAAAAAGGGCUGGCAAAACAGCAUCCGCCACAACUUGUCCCUCAACGAGUGUUUCGUGAAAGUGCCCAGGGAGAGCGGCGGGGACAGGAAGGGCAACUACUGGAUGCUGGACCCCGCCUUCGAGGACAUGUUCGAGAAAGGGAACUACCGGCGGCGGAGGAGGGUGAGGAGACCCCACCGACCCACGGGCGUGACGUACCUGGCCGCGAGCCACGCGGAAUACCCGGACUCGGUGUACCUGCAGCCUUUCGCGGGCGGCUCGUGGGGCCUGGCCCCGCCGAGCCCCCCCCGGCCGGCCGGGUACGCCGCCCCCCAGCUCGUGGCCGGGCUGGCGCGCGGCGUGUCCCCCGGCGGGUCCCAGUGCUCGCCGCCCGGCUUCCACCACCCGCUCUACGGGUCUUACCACCACCACCACCGCCACCCGCCCGUGCUGGUGCCCCACGGCGGGUACCCUUACGGCGGCGUGAGCCAGCCCGGGAGCCCGGACGGGUGCGCCCCCUCGGUGGCGUCCGGCUACCAGCACUUCACCUCCUACGCCAGGCCCGCGGCCACCUACUCCGACCACUGA